UCACCCCCAUCGCUUCGAGUCUCGGCGCGGCGUCGAAGAUUGGGGAAAGGACACUCAAGGACUUACUGAGCAAAGUUUUAACCAGCAGCAGCGAGAAGCAAGCUCGCCGCCGCCCCCCAUGUCCAACCCCUCCACUCUCCAGCCGGUGGCCACCCUCCCCACAAUGACGACGACGCCGCCCGUCGACCCGCCAUACAUCUCGUCCUGCACGCCGCAGCCCGUGCGCGUGGAGCACACCCACGCCGACGGGAGCAAGGAGCACAAGGUGCUCGUGCUCGGCACGGGCGGGACGAUCGCGAGCGAGCCCACAAGCGAGGGGUACAAGCCCAUCUCGGAGCUGUGGGCGCGCAACGUCUUCUUCAAGCGGAUCCGCCAGCAUCCGCAGCUGUCGGACGCGCCCCCGGCCAGCUUCAACUCGGAGGUGGUCAGCACGCCGGUUGGCAAGAACCUCCGGUACCCCCCGCUCCGGACGCCGCCGCUCGACGAGCACGACAACACGGUCGUGUACGAGAUUCUCGACCUCGAGAACCACAUGGACAGCAGCGAGAUGCAGCCGAGUGACUGGAACAAGAUUGCCGAGCUCAUCCACGAGAACUGGGACGCGUACGAGGGCUUUGUGGUCCUCUCGGGCACCGACACGCUCGCGUACACUUCGUCCAUCUUGACCUUCUUGUUCGCCGGAGCGGGAAAGCCAAUCGUCGUGACGGGUGCCCAGAUCCCGCUGCGUGAGCCGCGCAGUGACGGGUGGUACAACCUCCUUGAGAGCUUGCUGGUAGCUGGUACGCUGCCGUUCGCGGGCGUCAGCGUCGUGUUCUACCACCAGGCGUUGCAGGGGUGCAGGGCAACAAAGUCGUCCCCCAACCUCCUCAAGGCGUUCGAGACGCCAUCAGUGCCUGCCUGGAUCAACCUCAACGUCAAGGUGACCGCCCUGCCCGACCUGCAGCGGCGCGACGACACGCCGCCGCCACCGCUCGUGACGCUCGAGUCGUUCCCCACUGUGCUCAGCUGCGCCAUCUACCCCGGCAUCACGGGCUCGGUGCUGGCAGCGCAGAUCCACUCGAUGCCGACGUGCAAGGCGGUGAUUGUGAGCGCGUUUGGGAGCGGUAAUCUCCCCAUCAAGGAGGAGACGGGCGUGCUCCAGGCGCUCGAGGCGGCCGUCAAGCGCGAGAUUCUGGUGGUCGUGAUCUCGACUUGCCACGUACCCAACAUCUACCCCCUCUACGCGCUCGGCGUGCGCCUGCUCUCCGUCGGCGUGCUCCCAGGCUUCGACAUGACGCACGAGGCGGCGUUCGCAAAGUCGAUCUGGCUCGUGUCGCGCAAGGACUUGAACUUCAAGCAGCGGCAAGAGCUGUUCCAGACGCCGAUCGCGGGCGAGAUGACCAUCUGAGCAGUCUGAGCAGGGGACACUUCUUGGCCGCCGUGCCGCCUAAUACACUGUACAGACCAUGUAUCCAUCACAUACACACAGACAAGCGAGGGGAC